AUGAAAAACAAGGAAACAUAAACUUUUUCUGGAACAAUUAUACUAAAAAAAAAAAUGGCAACACAUAUAGCUGCUUUAAUUAAUAGUGAAGAGUGCAGUUCAAUGUCUAUAGGAUGUUCAUGUCACAUGUGUGGAAAAGCAAUUGAAACACUAGAAAUAUCGAAAACAUAUAUAUGUAAAGAUUGUAAAACAACUGAUAAACUUAUAUCUGAUCAGGAAAUACUGAAUGCUACUAUUCAUAAGAGCACAUGUUAUCAAAGCAAUAUAUAUGACAAAUCUUGUGAAGUAUCAUAUGUAGAUAACAACUAUGAUAAGUCUGUUGAAUCUACCUCACUCAAUCAGAAAAAUGUUUGCUCAACAUUGAGACCAUUUACAUGUGACAAAUGUGACAAAUCUUUUAAAGUUAAACAGAAUUUGAUUAGACACAAAAAAAAUCAUUCAACAUUGACAUCAUACACAUGUGACAAUUGCGACAAGUCUUUUAAACGCAAAGACCUAUUAAAUAUGCACAAAAAACACUUUCAUUCAACAUUAAAACUAUAUGCAUGUGACAAAUGUGACAAAUCUUUUAAACGCAAAGACUACUUAAAUAUACACAAAAAAUACUUUCAUUCAACAUUAAAACUAUAUGCAUGUGACAAAUGUGACAAAUCUUUUAAAGUUAAACCGAAUUUGAUUAGACACCAAAAAAAUCAUUCAACAUUGACAUCAUACACAUGUGACAAUUGUGACAAGUCUUUUAAACGCAAAGACCUAUUAAAUAUACACAAAAAAUACUCUCAUUCAACAUUAAAACUAUAUGCAUGUGACAAAUGUGACAAAUCUUUUAAAUAUAAAUAUAAUUUACUUACACACAAAAAAGGUCAUUCAACAUUGACAUCAUACACAUGUGACAAUUGUGAUAAGUCUUUUAAAUUUAAAAGUAAUUUAAUUAGACACAAAAAAAUUCAUUCAACAUUGAGACCAAAUGCAUGUGAUACAUGUGACAAGUAUUUUAAAUGCAAAGACCACUUAAAUAGACACAACAGAAUCUUUCAUGCAACAUUGAAAACAUAUGUAUGUAACGACAAUAAUAAAUCUUUUAAAAGAACAGAUGAUUUACAAAAGGAUAAGAAUCAUUUCCAUCCAAAAGUUUGUGUAUCUGACAAGUGUGAACAAUAUAAAUUGGAAUCAUUUCAAUCAGAAAAAGACAUUUAUAAUUUAGAAUAUCAAAACUCAAACGGAAGUGAUCAAGCGGUAUUGCAGACCAAUGAUUCUAUUACAAACAUUGAUGUGAAUUAUUUGACCGAAAAUGUAGAAAGUGAAAAACCAUUAAAUACUUAUAUCGCACAUCAUCAAAGUUCAAAUACAGAUGAAACAUAUCUUCAGUGUAACACAAAUGCGUAUGACGUAGAAACCAAAUAUAAUCUGUCAGAUGAACAACUUUUGAUUGAAAUAAACGAAGUAUUACAAUGUAACGAUAAUCCAGAAAUUAGUUUGUUAGACAAGUUUUUAUUUUUAUAA